CGUACGACAGAUAGAUACCGUAAAACCGAUCAGCCAAGUGUCUUCGUCGCGCAAAUCAUGAAACUGUUUGUGUUUGCCACAAUGGUGGCCGCUGUGUGGGCCUCGUACGAAGAGGAGCAUGGUAGCACUACUUAUCACGAGACGUCCAAACCGGUGGAGAUACCGAUCUACAAGAAAUAUGCGAUACCAAUUCCACAUCCGGUCGCGGUCCCGGUGCCUCAACAAAUUAAGGUUCCAAUACCGCAGCCUUAUCAGGUUCAGGUCGCAGUUCCACAUCCAGUGCCCGUGGAGGUCGUCAAACAUGUUGAGAUACCUAUAGAGAAGCCAGAGCCUUACGUUGUGGAGAAAAAGGUACCGUACGUCGUUGAGAAACCAUACCCAGUGACGAUAGAAAAGCACUUUCCAGUGCCAAUACCUAAACCAUAUCCAGUACACGUGCCGGUGUACAAGCACGUUUUCCACCAUAAGAGCCACGGCUGGAAACAUUAAUUCAUAAGAUCAAACAAUUUUCUUCAAUAUUUUUAUGCCAAAAAUAGCAACAAGUUACAUGCGUGCAACAAUAGCCGAUAAGCGUUUGUACAUAGUUUGUUAUUCUAUAUUUAA